CUUUGAUCUCGACGACGACGGCCCCAUUGACCACGUCGCUGACUUCUAGUAAAAAUCAUGCCUCGUAUCCUGUUUGUGAGUGGGUUUCAACCCACAACGCGUGCGCGAGAUCUCGCAUACGAGUUUGAGCGCUAUGGUCCCUUAGUUCGCUGCGACGUCCCGGCGCCUCGCAACCCCCACGCGAACUCAAAUCCUUAUGCCUUUGUCGAAUUCCGUAGCCAACGCGAUGCUGAAGAUGCGUACUAUGACAUGCAUGGGAGGCAUUUUGAGGGUGCGCGUCUGAGCAUUCAGUGGGCAAAGAAUCCCCCCUCGUCGGUCUGGCGUUACGACAGGAGGUCUCCUCCGCCCCGUCGUGACCGUGACCGCUCCCGUAGUCCGCGUCGUCGCAGUGAUCGCAAUGACCGAGACAAGGAGCGUGAGCGCGACCGAGACCGGGACCGGGACCGUGAUGAUCGCGACCGGGACGUAGACCGGGACAGGGACAGGGACAGGGACAGGAGGAGAAGGAGUCGCACGCCCGAGAGGCGCAGAAGCCCGACUCCAGAAAAGCGCAGGGAUGACCGGGCGAGAACGCCUCCCGUGGAUGAGCCUAAAAAGGAUGACGACAGGGCAAAGACACCCCCUUAUGAGCACUAGAGCCUUUCCAGCUUCGCUCAUGGAACUUGUCUCGUCCAGUGUAGUCUCCGCUUAAGUUUUAUGAUAACCCUCACUGUCUGUUUCCUGCAAAAUGGUGUAAUUAGUGGACAGUUUCAAAAUUGAAUGUUUCCGUGUCUCCAUUUGUG